UAAAGAAUUUAUUCUCAUAUAGAAGUGUCCAGUCCGUAUAAAGAGCAGUGUUUGUGUUAUUUCCGCGGCGAUGGAGAGUAACAUGAUCGACGAGGUGAUCUCAGGUGUCUGUGACCCGUCCGCCCGAAAGCCUCACCGGGCGGCUCUGAUUCUGGCCCGCGGUGGCAGUAAAGGAAUCCCUCUGAAGAACAUCAAGAAUCUGGCCGGUGUUCCUCUCAUCGCGUGGGUUCUGAGAGCUGCCUUGGAUUCAGAAGUCUUUGAGAGCGUGUGGGUUUCCACGGAUCAUGAUGAGAUCGAGCGCGUCGCAAGAGUCUGGGGCGCAAAAGUUCAUCGGCGCAGUCCUGAAGUGUCCAAAGAUUCGUCCAGUUCACUGGAGACCAUCCAGGAGUUCAUCCGAGUGAGACCCGGUGAGACACACCUCGAGUCGUUUUUAUACCUCACAAACCUAAAAUUAGAUUCACAUUACAAACCAUGA